AUGCGGAGCCACAUUGUGUGUAGUGGGUGUAGGAACAUGUUGCUUUACCCUAGAGGAGCAACCAAUGUUUGCUGUGCAUUGUGCAACACGAUUACUCCUGUUCUUCCUCCUGGAAUGGAAAUGUCACAACUUUAUUGUGGAGGCUGUAGGACAUUGCUAAUGUACACACGUGGCGCUACUAGCGUGAGAUGUUCCUGCUGUAACACUAUAAAUCUUGUAACAGAUUCUAAUCAAAUGAGCCAUAUCCAUUGUGGGAACUGUCGAACAACACUCGUGUAUCCUUACGGAGCUCCCUCGGUCAAAUGUGCAAUAUGUCACUAUAUUACUAAUGUCAGUAUGACCAAUGGAAGGCCACCGGUUCCUGCACAGAGACCUAAUGAAACAACCAGUUCCGAAACGCCAAGACCCCGCUUUGAGAGCCAAACUGUAGUAGUAGAAAAUCCUAUGUCCGUUGAUUCAAGUGGAAAAUUGGUAAGCAAUGUUGUUGUGGGCGUUACAACAGAGAAGAAGUGA